UAAUGGUGCUGUAAAGCCACCCUGACUGCUAUGACCUUGGCCUGCGCUCUCUCCUGCCCAGUGGCUGGGUCCCACGCCCACGUGUCACGGGUCCUUCGUGGGCGCUGCAGGCGGCGGCGUCCCGGGGCUGAGACGCGGCAGGGCGAUGCCGGCUGUGCGGAGGCUCCAGGCCCGGCGGGACUCGGACGGCGGAGAAGGAAGGGUCUGCUGGUCGAGCCGCGGGGGCGCCGCUUUAAACCGCGGGAAACGGCCGCGCGCCGGGAGCCUGCGGGACCCGGACCCGCACUCGCGCGCCGGGCUCACCAUGCCCGCGGACGCGCCGGGGAAGCCGCGAACCUCGCCGCGGGCAGCCGCGCCCGCCAGCGCCAGCCGAACCCCAAACCGACUCCGGAGUGCGGCCGCGCACCGGAAGGUGGGACCGGGUCGGGCCCGGGCGGGAGGCGCAGGGGGGGACGGACGGACCCGGGACUCAGCCACGGCCCACGGCCCGACCUGCAGUCCUCCAAGCCGGUCAUGGAGAAGCGGCGCCGAGCGCGGAUCAACGAGAGCCUCGCUCAGCUCAAGACGCUCCUCCUGGACGCGCUCAGGAAAGAGGUAAGUCGGGGCGGGGCGCGAUCGAGGGGCCGAGGCGCGGAGCCGGAGUCGGGGGGCCCUGCUGGCUGCAGCCGCCCACACCGGCCCCGCCCCCAGAGCGCCCGCCACUCGAAGCUGGAGAAGGCGGACAUCCUGGAGAUGACGGUGAGGCACCUGCGGAGCCUGCGGCGCGGGCCAGCGGCAGCCGCGCUCGGCGCCGACCCCGCCGUCCUGAGCAAGUACCGCGCCGGCUUCAGCGAGUGCCUGGCCGAGGUGCACCGCUUCCUGGCCGCCCGCGAGGACAUCCCGGCCGACGUGCGCUCCCGCCUGGUCGGCCACCUGGCGGCCUGCCUGGGCCAGCUGGGUCCCCCGAGCCGCUCGGCGCCCCCGGCCCCCGCUACGGUGGGUCCCACGCCCGAGGUCUCCGUGGGCCGCCAGCCGCUGCCGGGUUUCGACGGCCCCUUACCCCGGCUGCGCCCCGAAACGGCCUGCGCCCCGCCGCUCCUCCGGGGCCUGACCGGAGCGCCCCCCGCCGCCCCCUCGGCGGGGCUGCCGGGCCGCGGUGCGCCCUGGAGGCCGUGGCUGCGGUGAGGCCGCCCCGUUCAGAGCCGCGGCCUUUGCUGAGACUGUAACGGGCAUAUUCAUUUCCAGCGGCUGCAGCGAGAGUUUUGUGUUUUUCUGUCUCUUCUGGGAACGAUCUAGCCUGGUAGCACGUGCGGCGGCUCCGUGCGGGCCCCGCCCCCUCCCCGGGCCCCGCCCUCCUGACAGGUGCGCCCCCGCUGGGGUCCGCCGGCGGUGCGUUUGCCCGCACAGGUUGUGCGGGAGCCAGCGCUCCACCUCGAAGUGGGAGGGGGUGUGAGGCCUGCGGGAGGCUCGGUCAGGAGGCGGCAGCCACCGCGUUUUCCAGAAUGCACCCCAGUGUUGGGAAGCGCCAGUCCAGCGUCACUGGGCAAUGUUUUUAAGGCGCCUGGUCCACCUCCUGCUUUGUUCUCACGUUUACCGUCUGCCCCCUCCUCCGUGAACCGUGCCCUAGGCCAGUCUCCCCAGGACUGGGGACCAGCAGGAGAGGGCAUCAGUGUGCCCGGGCAGGGAGCUGGAGUGAGGCUGGCACAAGCACUUAGCCCGGGGCUCAGGGGGUGCGCUCCCACCCGAGUCCCGUCCUGCUGCGUGCCUGGCCUUCCCUGGGAGGCCCCCUCCUCCCCCCAGUGAGAAAGGACUGGAGGUUCAUCCUGCCUGAGCUUCCCUCCUGAGAACCUGCGGGUGUCAGCGCUGCAAGACAAGGCUGCGACGCCAGGCGGCGAUGGACACGGGGCCAGGAGUCUGCGGGGGGCCUGCGCUCCAGGUGCAAGGAGGGGGUGGUCCCAGGUGCACAGCCGAGACUGGAAGCGCUGGAGGCGGAGCAAGAUUCAUUUCCCAACCGAAGUUCAGACGGUUGCCUGCCUGCCCGCCGCCUGCCGGCCAGGGCCCAUCCAGGAGGAGGAGGGUGAGUCACUGCCGGAGGCUGGCCUGCCUCCUUCGAGGCUGCCCCGUCUGUGCCUCCUGGCCCGUCCUCCCUGCUCUCUGGCCGCCUCGCGCAUAUGUCCCUGAGCGCCAGGGUCUGGGCCAGUGGCUUAGGAUGGUGGCAGCGGUGUGGACACACACGCUCAGUGGGCCCGGGAGGCCCUCCUGAGCAGGAGGGUCGAAGAGGGUCUGUACUGGGGGAGGGGAGCUCAGGGAGGGGAAGGCCUGGGGGAUGGGGUGUGCAGCCCAGUGGGUAGGGGAAGAGUCAGGGCCUGCUCAGAGCUGAGCCCCACACUUGGAACCGCUCAGUCCACACUGACCUGAUCGAUUGAUUUGCAUGAAAGCUGGAGCCGGGAGGUUUGGGGCGGGUCGUCAUGUAGUUCGGUUAGGGAGGUCUGAGAAGCAGAGUGAGCUGAGGGGCCCCACGGUGAGGGCCUGGGCAGAGGGCAGCACCAAGGGGCUGUCCCAGGCCCUCCUCAGGCUGUCCCUGUCCGGCAGCUGAGGGCAGCUGGCUCUCUGGAACACCCAUCAGCUAUUUUUAUCUUGGCUUUUGUCUUGCAGACACUUCCUGCUAAGUAGUGAUGAAACACCUUCUCAGGCCUGGCAUGUGGAGGGGCAGGGAGGGGCCAGACUUCCUGGGGGGGGGGGGGUAUGUGAUCUUAGUCACUUCCCUUCAUGGCAGGCAGUCCUUCCAGCUAGUUCCUGCAAGGGCCAUGGGUCAAUAAAUGUUUGCUGAGUGAAUGUGCAUUGUCAGCCUAUCCGCCUGCUCUGGGUGUUGGAGCCUGUCGGUCCCUUUGCCUGUGUCUGUCUGCCUGUAGGGCCAGGGCCUGGGGACCAGACAAUGACAGCAAAUCAUCGGUAUGAGCUCAGGAGAAAUAAUCAGCCCGGGAAAUUUGCCAUGGGGGACGGGCUGGGGCAGCCCCCACUGUGGUGCCCGAUUCUCUCCAGGCACCAGCAACCUCCUCUCCUCUGUGGCACACUUGCUCCCUGCAAGCUGGGCUGGGCUGUCCAUCGCUGCUCCCUGGAGCCCUGGGGGUACACCCCUCCUGGGAUGCACCCUUGUUGGGCAAAGACUCGGCCCUGGGCUUGCAGUCUCCCCAAGGCCCCCGUGGCCCCUCCUGGUAUUCAGAUCCCGCAGGCAUGACGGGCUGUCUCUUCAAGAUUAGGUGGCAAGUGCUGCCUGCUCUGUCUGUCUGACAAUGUUUACUCCGGGGAGACCAGCUGUGCUUUGCUGUGAAGAAGGCACCCCUAGUGGCCUUGAGACCUGUGGUCACCGCCAUGACAGUCAGCUUAGUAGCAGGUCCUCCGGCACCGUCCGGCCCUCAGACAAGCCCCAGUUGCAGCGACAGUCAGGGCUGGAAGCUUGAAGCUCUGUGCUUGGCCCACAUCACCCCCUGACUUCACAGUAAGAGAGGUGCAGAUACCUGAGCAGCAAUAGCUUCCCACCUCCAACCCUCCCAUCCUUACCCUGGGGGUGGGGCUCCCCCAGCAUCCUUCCUUGCCUUGUCCCAGCACAGUGAGGGGAAGGGCCAAGCAGCCCCAAGUGUGGGGAGGCCCACUGUCUUCUCCAGGCUCCCAUGCCCACCCCCCAACUUCUGUGCUGGCCACAGUCUGAGCCAAAAAUCCCUGCCCAGGGCCUGGAUGGCUCCAGCCUGAGCACCCCCAACUCCUAACCCCCUUACUGUCCUUCAAGGCCCCAGGCACUUCAGCACCCUGGAUGUGGGCUCUCCUUGGCAACCCAGGUCAGGGAAGUGUUACACAGGCCUUGGCCAGGCUGUUCUAUGGGGACCAGGAGCAAAUCUUCAUGAUCUUGGGUGUCAUCCCGGGCACCGAGAGGUUGCUGAUUCAAUUCCCUGUCAGGGCACAUGUCUGGGUUGUGGGCUGGAUCCCAAGUAGGGGGCAUGCAGGAGGCAGCUGAUCAAUGUUGUGCUCUCAUAUUGAUGUUUUUCUCUUCUCCCUUUCUCUGUAGAAAUCAAUAAAUUAUCCUUAAAAUAUAUAUUCAAAGUGGACUUCAUAAAAUUAAAGUGCUUUGUACUUCAAAGGACAUUAGCAAACAAGCAAAAAGACAGAAUGGGUGACAAUAUUUGCAAAACAUAUUGACAAGGGACUUGUCUUUAGAAUCCUAUCUAAUAAAGAGGGAAUAUGCUAAUUGACUGCCACGCCCUCAAAGAUGGCAGCGCCUCCAGCCACAAG